AACGGAAGUUGAUUUCGGAAACGAGGCUGUGUAUAUUGUAAAUAUGUAUCUCGUACAAAUGUAAAGUGGAAUAUUUAUAAGAACGAAUACUCUAUUAUUGUCUGUGGAUUUACUUUUGUGGGGAUUCAUUUGAUACUUUUUUACGUACAUAUUUUUUUCAGUGAAUCCUAAAAUGUUUAAUUUUUGAUAAGCAUGAGGAGACAUGUAGUGAGUGAAAAUGUGAAGUCAUGCCGAUGAAAGUAACCGUGUGUUUUGAUCGAGUUCGAGUCAUUGUUCCCUGCGGAGAUGGUGAUCUGUUAGUGAAGGAACUCACAGAGAAGGCAAUCGUACGCUACAAAAAAGCCACAGGAAAGUCUUUGGACCACUGGGUAUCUGUUCACAAUCUACGUACAAUUAACGACGGCGGAAUCUUAGACCCAGAUGACCAACUGAAUGAUGUCGUCGAUGAUCGAGAACAGUUGAUAGCUGAUUAUGAGGAACAAGGGGGUCAAACGUACCAGCCACAUAAUGGGGACGGGGCAAGUCAGAGCUCAGCCGGAACAGCCAGCCCGGACAUUUUCCAGGGAGGGGAGACAACUGGUCAGUUUCCAUCAUCCAAGACUAUCUCUGUAUUCCAGCCCAGCAACGAACAUGAUGUAGUGGUCACCUCACAGGACAUAGAGACACAUGGGUCAUCAUUGACAGUACGACAUGGAAGCGAGCCGGCCCUUAAUGUGCUGGAUGGAGAUAAACCAAUUGGCUAUAAAAAGGACAAUAAGGCAGCUGAGGAACCUUCUGAUUUGGAGGACUUUGAGGUGGAGAAGGAAAUGGCACCCUCUGGUGAUAAGGGGAAAUCUUCCAUCAGUCGAUUUUCUCGGGACAACUGGAGACAGUCGCUUGGUAACCGUCCAGACAUGUACAAAUGGUUAGAGGCUCAAGAGAGGCAGCAAGAGAGGCUUCACAGCCCUAUACAUCAGAUGGAGAGAAGAGAACCAGUUGGGGGAGCCAGUACAGAACCAGGGAAUGACUCAAAAGUUGAAAACCACACACACAGUGGUAUUCUUAUACAUCUACCAAAUGACGGAGGUCCGCUAGGAAUCCAUGUUGUGCCGGAUUAUGAUGACUCGGGGAGAGAACUAGGGUUGUUGGUACAAGGUGUGGAGGAAGGAGGGAGAGUGUCAAAAGACGGAAGACUCCGAGAAAAUGACCGCAUUAUUGAGAUCAAUGGACAAACACUUGUAGGAGUUACAUUUUCCAAAGCUCAGGACAUUUUUCGCUCUGCCAUGAGGGAUAAUGACAUCAGAUUGCGCAUCAUCAAAAAACAAGUUCCUCCACCCCUCCCCAAACAACCUCCACCCCCAGUCAUGCCAAAACCCAAAAACCACACCCCUGCCAAACCUUCUCCCCUAACACUGCCCCCACCCCGACUCAAUGAAUCGGACCUCUCCAGCCCAACAGGACCAGAGCAGACUAGCACCCCUAUAGUAUCUGUACAGAAUAGUAGUAACAGUAGUAUGGAGGGGUAUGCCCCCUCUCCCAUUAAGCCAGCUAUCCCUGCCAAACCUGUCUCCCCCACAAAGAAGGUGCCCCCCGCGGUACCCACAAGAAAUCCAGGCACAACUCUGUCUACCAAUGUGUCUAAGGAACGCAGCAAAUUAGUGGCUCCAACAAACACCAAGAAAAUAGGCAAAAAGAUGGAGAUUACUCUUAUCAAAGGUCCUGUUAGCCUCGGUUUCAGUGUGACCACCAGAGAUAACCCAGCAGGAGGGGAUUCCCCAAUCUAUAUUAAGAACAUCCUACCCAGAGGAGCGGCCAUUACUGAUGGAAGGUUAAAAGCAGGAGAUAGACUGCUAGAGGUGAAUGGAGAGGACCUGACAGGAAAAACCCAGGCUGACGUAGUCUCGAUGCUGCGGAAUGCCCCCAUGGGAAGUUCUGUACAGCUGGUAAUAUCACGACAGGAAGUAGUGGACGAAAAGUUUCAAGUGCCUCGAGAGCUGCGAGACCCUCCCGUCUCUGAACCCCCUCCUGUCUUGCAGCCACCAGAGAAAUCGGGGGAUACAGAUGGUUCCCUAACUGCAGGACGGAACAAGGAGAUUCUACGCUUGGACAUUCCAUUGUCGGAUUCAGGGUCGGCGGGACUCGGGGUCAGUGUCAAGGGUAAAACCAUGACGACGGACCGGGGCACUAGAGAUCUGGGUAUAUUUGUUAAGUCUGUGAUACAUGGAGGGGCAGCAUCUAAGGAUGGCCGACUAGCAGUGAAUGACCAAUUAAUUGAAGUAAACAAUGAGAAACUAAUGGGACUAUCAAACACUGAGGCCAUGGAAAUGUUAAGGAAAGCAAUGCAGAUGGAGGGACCAAUCCCCGGAUACAUUCAUCUUGUUGUUGCUCAUAAAAUCGGAGCCCCUUCUCCCUCUCCAUUCACACAGGAGGCCUCCCCAGAUGCUUUCGUUUUCGGUGCUAAUAAUAAAAUGGUCCGGGAGACAGACCAUGUGGAAGACUUAAGAACAAAGGAAAACCUGUUAGAUUCUUACAAACAAACAAGUGACACCCCAUUGGAGCCUCACAGAGGCCUUGAUUAUUUAGAUGGGGGAAGUAAAGCGAGGAACUUUUUAAUUGAACGUCUCACCAAUGGAGGACUUAGGAAUGAAUCCUACACGAAGGCCACCAGAGAUGAAAUGGACAAUAGUGCUUUGUCACAUGAUCAGGAUGAAGGAUUGCGGAAUCAGUCGUAUAAUUUUGCUUUACGAGGUAGUGGGAAUAUAUUGUCACCUGGAACUUCUCCGUUUAAACCCAUGCAGAAAAGUUCACCCUUAGUGGGCCCCAAUGUCAUGAUAGAGAAUGACGAGGAAGAGGCGGAGAGCAGACAGAGGAUGCGACCACAUUCUACUAUUGGUUUCCUCCACCACCACUCCAACAGUUCUAGUUCAGAAGAACAUGACCAGCAGCCUGUGUGGCUCCAGGGUGGGGACUGGGGGCCACCUGUAAGCCCCGGAGGGGAGGAGAUGUCCCCCACCAGUCCCUUGGGAGAGUUCAAACGUGAAGGUUUUGGACGACAAAGUAUGUCCGAGAAACGGAAAGGUCAUAUUGACCCGAGUCGAAGUGAAGUUUACCAACGUGUCAAAUCCAGCCGACAAAAAGGUGGUGCAUCAGGUACAGGAAGUCUGAAGCGGGUCGGGUCAGCUGAGUCUCUAUUGAGCCGAAAUUCCCGAAGUCGACCUCGAGCCUCACGCUUACCUCCCUUACCAAAGCAUGGCCAGCGUAUUAUGGACAAACCCCUUGAUCUGCCACAUUCCAACCUUAAACGAUUCAGCUCCUUGGAGAAUCUGGCUCAGGUCACCACUGGGGACACGGACGAGAGUAGGGAGAGUCUAGAUGCCUCCCACGAGAGUCAGGAGGAUUCCCAUCGUGGGGUCAAGCUUGGACGAGGGAGGGGCUGUAAUCUCAGCUUCAGGGCUGCAGUCGAUCGAUCAUACGACCCGGUCCCUCAGGAACUUAGUACCAUGGAUCCACAAGACCACAAUGAAAUGCAGGAUGGAAAUCUGGAAACCAGUGGGGGCUUCACUGUUGGAGAACAGGUGGAAGAGGAGAGCAGUGAGGGAGGGUCGGUCACACAGGGAGGGGUCACAACCUCGGGACAUUCCUCCAUGAGCAGUGAGCCAGAGGACCCCAGAAAAGCCAAGAAGAAACCCACCAAGGAAAAGAAGGGUCCAGGGGGAAUAUUUAAAGGUUUACUGAGGAGGAGCAACAAAAGCAAAAAGGAGGAGGCAAAAACACAGGAGGAAAGACAGACGGGGUCAGAAGAGAGAUCAAAGUCAACAGACUCUAGGGAAGACAGAAUUCAGGAACAGGUCCGACAAUUACAAGAUCAACAGAGCAAUGCCGAAUUCCUGAGACUUGAACAAAGAUACUCUGACAAUACACCACAGCUGUCACGGAACUCACCACAACUACAGGAUAAAUCAUACAGACUCACUUCAUCCCACAUAACAGACAAUUCAUCAAGGUACACCAAUAACUCACCCCAUCCAACUGAAAACCCAUCACGGUUCAUUGAGAACCAGUUAACAAAUGCUGGUCCUCAGUUAGCAAGGUCUGGGGAGGAUCCAGAGUCCUGGUCACGGGCCCAGUGGAUCCAACAUUUGAGGAGAGAACACCAGCGUCGUCACCAGGAACGGGAGGGACAUUACCCGCUAGAUGACUCGGAGGAACGAUACGAACAAGAGAUACAGGAGGAGGAGACAAGGGUAGGGCUACCAUGGCAUGGCAAUAACCAGCGAUAUGGGAACAGUGCAAUACCAGAAAACAUUCUCUAUUCAAGGCAUCCAUCAAAUUCUGUUGUCACUGACAACAGUUACCAUGGAUACCAGGGUAACAGAACACAGAAUGUAGGACCUUCCUAUCCUGAGAGACCUCAUAGUCGACCAGCAUAUCAGGAGCCCUCAUCUUAUCACCAUAACUACAGUUACCAUGACAACAUCAUUCAUCAACGACAGCGCAGUAAUGAGUACAUUCCUCCUCGUCAACAAGCAAUUGAACACUUCCAUCAAAGACAAAAUAGUGACUUGUCUGAGCAGCACACACAAGAAUUUUAUUCUCGCAGACUCCCUCCAGCCCGUCCUUUUACCCCGAGAGAACAUUGGCAGGACACAGAAAGUGCCCCUGCCCUGCUAAGACAGUACCCCCACCCUCACCCUCCCCCAGGACCUGCCCCUCAGUACGGGGACCCUAUCUUUGCCUAUAGAGACCCGAUUUACCCCUCCAUGGCAGGGAAACGUUCAGUUCAGUCCCUGUCACAAACAGGAUCAGCAAAAGUCUGAUGUAAAUCACUGUUUCUCUAGUUAUAGAGACUUUUAUCUGGGAUUAUUUUAUAUUUUAAAAGGAUUGCUUCGUUGCCAUAUCAGACUGAGAAUUCUGUGUUUUCUAAGACAAGAUUGGCAAAAUCCUAUAAUUUCUUAUUUCACAAUUGUUCUGUGGAAGGUGAAAAACUUUGGGAAGAAACAGAGUCUGGAAAUGUACAAGGCAGUGAAAAAGUAUAAGCCUGUUUUGUGUGGUAUAAAAAAUUAUUUUUACAAAGAUUGUCUACAAAGGUAGAAAAUUUUAGAACAAAACAUUGCAUUCCAUUAGAUUUGGACUUGGUUUAACUGUUUCAUUUUUUAAAAGGCAGAUUUUUUUUUAUUGAGCUUCACUCACUGGAAUAUUAGAAGAAUGUUUUUAAUAUUCCAAACCCAGAACUUAAUUAUGCAGAUAUCAUUCUAUCAUUGUUUACUUAGCAUAUGCAAAUUUCAUUCAUGGCCUACUUAUUUAAUAUGCAGAUUUUUGCUACAGAUAUUAUUCAGUCAUUUUUCAGAUAUGCAGAAUAUCCAUAUGCCAUUUAAUAUGCAAGAUAAAUAAUGAGGUGUCUUGAAUGUUUCUUCUUUUUAUGUCACCUUAUUCUAUCAUAGGAAGUAGUACAUAUUUCAUGUAAGCGUGUAGACUCAGUUGCAUAAAGAUUUUACAUUCCGUACGAUGUGAGAACAGUACUGUGUAAUUAAUAGUCAAGGUACAAAUAUUGUAUUUUUCUAUAUUUUUAAAAAUAUUUAUUUGACAUUUUUUUUUUAAAAUACAAGUAAACAGCUACAUUUAUCAGAAAUGCCUUAGUCAUUUAUAAAGAAGAACAUGUGAUAUUAAUCAAUUUUAUUCUUCAAAUAUAUUUUAGCAACAAGUAAUAUUAAGUACACACUUGUCUGAAUGGUAAAAUUUAUGUUAAAUUAUUAUAUUGUUUGGGUACUGCCAAAAUCUUGGAUUUUUCUUUUAACUAUGAAAAUGAUUUCCAGUAUAAAGUCAGACAUUUGAUUUUCCACAAGAUUUUAUUUUCGUGUCUGGGUACAGCAAAAAUAUACUCUGGUCAGCCUGGUUGUGAUGUUUCAUAGAGGAAAUAAAAUGUUGCAUCAUUUGAAA